GUAGUUAUGUGAUGCAUACACACUAAGGAAGAUAAUGCAUGUAAAGCAUGUUUGAGCAAGUAAUCAAAGAUCUUUAAUUAGAAAGUUCGUAAUAGCUAGAGCCUUAGAGAGAAGAAGAAGGAAAAAAACAAUGGAGAUCGAGGAAGUGAGCAGCUGUGAGGCACUGCCUCUUCUCUCCUUGAAUCAUGUUUCUUUGUUGUGCAGAUCAGUGUGGACUUCUAUGAGGUUCUAUGAGGAUGUUCUGGGAUUUGUUCUCACCAAACGACCCUCCUCUUUUAAUUUCAAUGGAGCUUGGUUGUAUAAUUAUGGGAUUGGGAUACAUUUGAUUGAGAACCCAGCCAUCGAUGAAUUUGACCCCAUUGUUGAACCUCGUCCAAUUAAUCCCAAGGAUAAUCACAUCUCCUUCCAGUGUAGUGAUGUUGGACUUGUUAAGAGGAGGCUGCAAGAAAUGGGAAUGAGGUAUGUGACAGCAGUGGUGGAAGAUGAUGGGAACAGGGUGGAUCAGGUUUUCUUUCACGACCCAGAUGGGUACAUGAUCGAAAUCUGCAACUGUGAGAACAUUCCAAUUAUUCCACUCUCCUCCUGCUCAUUCAGGCCCAGAAAUAUGGGAAGCUUCAAAAGGGCAGCGCCCAACAAAUGUGGGUUUAUGGAGAAUGUGAUGAUGGAGAGCUUGAGUAUGGACAUGAUGAACAUUUCUUUCUGAUCAGCUCCAAGAUUUGGAAGGAAAAAGAGGGGAAAAAAAAACAAAAGAAAGAAACUUUCCAUUUUUUUUUCUUCAAUAAAUAUCAAGUUCCCUUAUAUGGUAAUUGGGUCAUCAUCAAGAGUUUGUAUUUGAUCAUGAGGGUGUGUUUAAUAAUAAGAUUGUAAGAAAGAAAUAUGAGUUUGGGGUUUAUGUCUGUUAAAGUACCGUAAAGCCAACAUGUGGCUUUUCAAUUUCUGUGAAAGUGAAAAUAUGCUUGUAUCUACUGUUUAUUCAAGAGAAUAUCUAUAAUUCGUACUGUAUUUAUACUUUGUGGUCA